AUGGCGAAUCUAACGCUACGCUACCUUGACGAGCUGUCGUAUGUGCUGAACAGCAGGCGGCACCUCGCCUCCCAGGCGAAGGCGUCUUCUGUGGGCGAUCUCCUCAACCCUGAGGAGGACAGGUUCCCGACGAGCGUUGAUGGCCUUCUGUACUUCCGAUGGCAGUAUACCAGGUUCGUCUGCGACCCUCUAUACAGAGGGUAUGGAUUGUUAGCCCUGGGAUCCUCGUUUUUCGUCAUAAAGUUGCGCGCAGUAUUUUCGCCAUCGUUCCAGAACGUGAUCCAUCUCCGU